UCAUUUCUCCACCUCAGGGAAUUAAUGCUGAACAACAACCAGCUGCGGUUGUUACCCUAUGAGCUAGGGCGGCUCAUCAUCACCCUCCAGGUGCUAGGUCUGAAGGGAAAUCCCCUUGCCUCAGAUGUCAUGGGUAUCUACAAUGAACCCAAAGGAACCCACAAGCUUCUCUCCUACAUGUUGGACCACAUACAUCCCCCAGGCACAUUGCCCCCAGCAAGGCCUUGGAUACAUGUAUCGCAUCCAAACAGAAAUAAACCUUCAGCCAUAUUCUCUGUGAUGAGCUACAACGUUCUCUGCGACAAGUACGCAACCAAGCAGAUCUAUGCCUACUGCCCUACGUGGGCGCUGGAGUGGGAGUAUAGAAGAAAAGGGAUCAUGGACGAGAUCCUUGGUGCAAGUUCAGACAUCAUAUGCCUCCAGGAAGUCGAAACGGAACAGUAUUACAAUUUCUUCAGCCCAACCCUCAAGCAGCACGGCUACGACAGUGUCUUCAGCCCGAAGUCCAGGGCUAAGACCAUGUCAGAGGAGGACAGAAAAUACGUUGAUGGCUGUGCCAUAUUCUUCAGGACCAGCAAAUUUGCGUUAGUCAAAGAACACCUUGUUGAAUUCAACCAGCUCGCGAUGGCAAACGCUGAAGGGUCAGAGGACAUGCUUAACAGGGUGAUGACGAAAGACAAUAUUGGGUUGGCAGCGCUUCUAGAAACGAGAGAGGGAUGCUAUGAAGGUUCAGCGUUUCAACAGGAAGUCUCUAAUGCCAGGCAGCAGCUCCUGGUAGCAAAUGUCCACAUCCACUGGGACCCCGAGUUCAGUGACGUCAAACUGAUCCAGACCAUGAUGCUCAUGAACGAACUCAAGAAGAUCAUAGAGGAGGAGUCGGUUAGCUUCAGACCGGGAGGAGGGGGUGGAGCCGGUGGUAGCGGAGGGGGUAGUGGAGGAGGAGGUGGUGGUGGUGGUAGCAGCCAGAGUACUUCAGGGACCAUUCCAUUAGUGAUGUGCGGGGAUCUCAACUCCUUGCCCGACUCUGGUGUUGUUGAGUACCUUGAGAUGGGAAAAAUCUCCGUCCGCCAUCCUGACUUCAAAGACCUCAACUACAAGGUCCUCCGCAACUUCUCCUCCAACUCGGAGACCAACGGGCACAUUUCACAUUCGUUCCAGCUGAAGCGGGUCUACCAGAACAACCCCAUGCGCUUCACCAAUUACACCUUUGAUUUCAAGGGCAUCAUUGAUUAUAUCUUCUUUUCGAGGCAGGCCAUGUCUGUCCUGGGCCUCCUUGGUCCAAUGGACUUUGAAUGGAUCGACACAAGCAAGGUCCACGGCUGCCCCAACGCCAGCAUACCCUCAGAUCACUUCUCACUCCUCACCGAAUUCGAGAUGCCACUCUCCUCAGCGCCGUCGUCACCCCCAUCGUCGACGCUCUACCAUCCAACGCCGAACUACCCCCUCGCGAGGCGGUAGCGAGCGGAGCUUGGGGUCUCAGGGUGGUGUUCGUUCUUGGAACUCGAGAAUUUUUAAGAAAACUAUUGAAACUAAUAAAGCAGGUUCUGUGUGUUUUUGUAUCUAAUUUGUAAAUUAUAGAAGAGUAUUGAAACAUCUUAUGAAGUUAAAGUGCUUUGAACUUUGGAAAAGGAGGGAGCCAACACUCUCUAGAUUGUCCUGUAGUAUAGUGUUGGCUCUUGUUUUUUUGUGUGGAUAUAAUCUUGUUCAAUUCACGACAUACCUCAUGCCUCGUUUUUCUGGUGAAAUUGUUUGAUGUGUUGUUAACAGAUCACUUUCUUUUUUUUGUACAUAAAGCGGUCAUGUGUUGCAGUCUCUUGUGAGUAGGGGUUAUUAUAGUCGGUUCAGUCUAAGGAGUUUAUUUUCCAGUGAUAUGUUAGAGUUGCUGUUCAUCUUGAAGUAGUGUCCUCUUGUGCCGUUCCGACAAACGAAAUAGGGUUAAGUUCGACAGCACUUUAUCUUCAUGUUUUUGAAGUAUGCAAAUACACACAACCUGUGUUUAUCAGAUCGAGGCUCAAAGCUACAGGUAUCCCAGACCCGUUUGGUCAAGAGGGAACGUGUAGGUUUAAGUCUCACUUGGCAAUGUUUUUGUGGUAAUUUGAAUUUUUAUGUAAUUCGUACUUUGUACAGUGUAAAAUUGAUGCUAUUUUGCCAGAGAGAAAUACCAUUUCUUGGAUCACAUUUUAUUCCAUUGCUGUAGAAAUUUUUAUUACCUCUGUCUAGUAGUACAGUUCAAAAUAUGCUAUAUGCCAGGUGUAGGGGUAUUCUCUCACAAAUAAUCAAUUUUUUAAAAGGUAAUUGAUGCAAGUAACAUUGGCAAUAAAUAAAUAGUAGAAAUUCAAAAUAAUGAGCUAAUUUUCUCUUCCCUUUCUUGCUUAGGAGUGUUAUCAAUUAUGCAAUCCAUCACUUAACAUGCAGUUUAUUCAUAACACAUUAAUUUAUUGAUUUUUAUAUAAGAAUAUUUUGUGCUUUGAACAAUUUGACACAAAAUUAUUGUAAAGAAAAGGAAUAUGAAGAUAAUAAGCAACCUUCAGUUAUGAUAAAGUGUAUUUUCCCUCAAACUACAUGACAUUUUGACCUUUGAUGUGGGACUUUAACGUCAGGCAAUCUAUGUCCCGCCUUCUUUCCCUAUAUCCUGUAACAGCCAGAAAGAUUACCAGAAAUUGUCCUUUAAAAAAAAAAAGAAAAGUCAUUAUUACAACCACCAUUGUGUAUUAGCAUUCCUUCAGUCUUUAAAAAUAAUAUGAGCAAGCAAAAACAAGAAAAAAACCCUAUAAUGUUAUGAAAUUCAUCGAAAAUUUUAAUUAAAAUUACAUCAUUCCAGUUUAAACUAGUGAGGGAUGGGUUAGUUUUGUGACUCUGAUACCAUUACACAUACCGGAAUUUAUGAAUUGGACCAUGGAGGGAUGGUGUUUUUUUUUUGGGGGGGGGAAAUAGUCAUGGAAAAAUAUAAGAGUGAACCCUGAUAUAUGAUGCUGUAUAAAUAUUGACAAAGUAUACAGUGCGUCCCAGAAAAAAGGAAACCGGGAUUCCAAUGUCUUUUUUUCUUCAAAGGCAAAAAGAUAUUUCAUUUACAUAUUCAUAUAAUUCAAUUAUUCUUCUUUAUUGUGAUACGUAACAUGAGACAAACACUUCACGCAUUAAUGAGCAAGACGGGUUUGAAAUUUUAAUGUCAAAACCAGGUUGCGCAGAAAAAUUGGGCAAGAUUGGUUGAGAUACGACGACUGUUAUUCGACGAUUAGCUCAUUAGCAUUUCUUUCUAUUCUUUGUUAAGAUUCUCUCACUGAUCCCUAAAAUGAGAGUGGAUUCAGAUUCACACAUGAUUUUCUGUGCAAAUCGUUUCUGAUAUGCCUCAAUAUUUAUUGUUUGUAAUCUGCCUUUUUUGUGGGACGCACUAUAUAGUUUGGACGUAUUAUGCAAGUAUAUCAAUUACCUUGGUGCCAUGUUGGGCAAACAGCAAGCUCUUUCAAUCCAUGCUUCUCAGUAUAUGGGGCACAUUCUUUGAAACCAUUAUAAAACUGCUGACAGUUGUGGAAUGUUCAACGCAGAUUUUGUCAUUCUCAAUGAAGUGAGACGUCAAACUGGAGACCAUGUUUUGUACCAGCAGCCCCAAUCAUUUGCGACCCUCUACCUCAAAAUCCACAAUCAGUCGCCCAAUUGAAUUUUGAGAUUUUGCUUAAUUUCAAAAGCAUAUCCCAAGCUUUGAAAAGAUUAUAGCUUGUCAUAAUUGAUCCACAAUAACCUACACAGUUAAUUGAUUUAAUUUCAUUUCAGUGAUAGAUUUAUGGAGAGAAAAAUAGGUUUUAAGUUUUGGGUUCUCUCAAGCAUGCCAUGUGAUUACUGUGUGAGCUGAAUUAAUCUUCCAGCAGCCCAGUAAAAUGGUGUGAAACAAACCCACGUUUCUCAUUUUUGGUUUAACUUAACAUCGUCAAAUUUAACAGAAAGAAAAAGAAGAGUGUACCUUUAAACUCAGUGGCCCGUAUUCUGAUAGCAGGUUUAAAGUUGUGGUUUAAGUAUGGAUAGCCAAUUGUUACAUAAAUCACUAACAGUAGAGAUAUCAUACUUCAGCUCAUUUGGCUCUCAAAUCAUUCAUAAUUGUCAAGGAAGUAUAAAAUAGAUGAUUGUCUUCACCAUCGAUGAAUCAGGAAAGAGCACAGUAAACAUAAGAAACAUGCAACUUAAUAACAAUUUUGAUACUUUUGGCUUCCCAUACUUAAACCACAACUUUGAACCUGAGUUUAAGUUAAACCUGCUAUCAGAAUACGGGCCCUUGAGAUAACCCAAUUUUCCAGAUUUUCAUUUUUAGAGACCAAUUUACCAUUUUGGUUAGCGACCUAUUGUUGGUUUUGAGGUGGAGGGCCACACAUGAUCUCAAUGAUUCCCCCUAUGUGAACUCCAUGAAAGUUUACCCAAAUUAUCGCUUAUAUCAAGCUUGUUGGGUCUAGUAUUUAUCCUAGUCAUCAAAUCGUAAAUCAAAUUUGUGUGAUAGAUAAUUAGUAUUUGCAUAGCAAGCAGAUUUCACUUUGCGGGUAACUCAGAAGGGUCAUGAAUAUCAACAAAGUUCAUGGGAUGGCAAAUUUUCUUCCCUUUAAAGCACCUAAAACAAAUCUGCUGCCAAAGAGAUCCUUGCAUAAUGAAAUUGCUUGGGAGAAAACAAUUUUGGUUUGCUGUACUGGUAACUUUCUCAAAACAUUUCAAAGAAAUAGGUUUAUAAAAGUUCAUUAAUACCUUUUUAAAAUGCUGUGCUGGCAUCAUACGAGGCAUGUGUAUAAUCUGGCGUCAUAUCUUAUAUUGCAGUUUUUUAACGAGGAUGGUGGGAAUAAGUAUAUGUUUUGAAAAUAUCAGAUGAUUUCUAUUGUAAAUCUGUAUCAUAAACUAGGAAUUCAUGCAAUCCUAGGGUUUUUUGAGAAUAAAUUGUACAUUUGGAGAUGAAAUUAUUCUGGCAAGAAAUUCUCUAGAAAAAUUGGUUUAUACUCUGAAUUUCUGGUGCGUGUUUCACUCGUUGACAUGUCAACCACCUUUUUUUUUUUUUCUUUUCGUUUUGUACGCUGUUUGUUACCGUAAUGUUUAGUGUACAGUUUCAUUAUUUCUUUUUAUUUUAAAGAUCUCUUUGUUUUUGCACUGUAGUAGGCUCUCGUGCUAAGGCACAGAUUUUUUAUGGGGAAAAGACUUGGAGUAAUGAAAAAAGCUUGAUCCAGU